GUUUUUCGGUUUCUUUGGACUUACCUUUAUGGAGUUUAUUAAGAACAGCGGAGACUACUGCCAGAGCCAGCACGUGUAAGAAGUCUGAGAGGGCAAUUUAGGGUGCAAAUAGAGUACAUAUCAAUUUUUUUGAUUUUUAACAAUUUGCUGAGACAAAAAACAAGACGGAUGGGUUAAAAAUACCUUGUGUCCAUUGAGAGAUUUGCACUAGAGAGGUGAAGGUGCAAUUUGUGAGAAGAGAAAACUCUAAUCUACGGCAGAGAUCAAUUCUUCGGUGGAAUUCUCUAUAUAUUGUUCAAGUUCCAUGCCAGAUUACACGCAUUUCAGUAUGGCACGUAAUAAUUUCCGACCAGCCCCAGCGGAGAUAAAGUAUAAAGAUAUGAGGUUCUUGAUAAUUGACAGACCAACCAAAGCCACCUUGGCUACUUUUAUUGAGGAAUUAAAGAAACACGAAGUGAAGGAUGUUGUUCGUGUUUGUGAGCCAACCUAUAACACCGACAUUUUAGAGAAGGAAGGUAUUCGUGUUUUGGAUUUCCCUUUUGACGAUGGUGCUCCUCCACCAAACGAUGUUGUUGAACAGUGGUUCAAUUUAUUAAAGAUUCGUAACAAAGAGGAGCCUAAUUGCUGUGUGGCUGUACACUGUGUAUCAGGACUUGGUCGUGCACCAGUCUUAGUUGCUAUUGCUCUCAUUGAAAUGGGAAUGAAGUAUGAAGAUGCAGUAGAAAUGAUCAGACAGUAA